CUGAUUAUGGAUUCACGAAAAAGUUUACAACUUUUACAACUUAAAAACUCAAGACGAAUCUGACAAAAGUGAUAAACUUAAACAGGAUCGUGAAACAUGAUGCUGCGGCAGAAAAGUGCGAUUGUUUAGUGAAACAACGUGUGUACGGUAGUAGGCUACAGAUAUUCUAUUUUCCAAAUAAUUGCUGAAGCAGAUUGUGCGCAUGCACGCACACACACACACACACACACACACACACACGCACAAUCCGAAGAACUGCAGAAUACCAUAAAACGACAUGUAGAUGCAAAAAGAAGAGUGAUUUGCAACUGGAAAUGACAUGGCAAUACAGGCAUGUCUAGUGUGCUUCACUAUAACCAUUCUUGUUGCAACUGUGAAAGGAUGCAGUGUCAUAUGCCCACCGAAACCCAGCAGUCCUGAAAUCCAUAGACAAACAGUCUUCAUAACAUUUGAAAAGUUCAUUAGAUGGUCCACUCGUUGCACCUAAAAAUGGAAGCGACAUUGUGCGAAAGGGACGUGCUAAACUCUUUUCCUGCUGUGGUGCUGGUUUCGUCAACAUCUCCUGGUCGUUUUGGGGCAACGGAAGUGAGGCCUGGACAGCGGUGACACCACGUACAGACAAAGUCCAGAUCUGCAACGACGGACAAGUUCUUCAGUUCAUGGCCGUGGAAACUAAAGAUGAUGGGCGGUAUCGAUGUACUCUGACCAACGGAACUGCUGAUGUUAGUGCUUACUUCAGGCUGAAAGUCGAAGUUUGUGACAGCAUGUAUCAUCCUCCUCGGGUGAUGAAGGCUCCACAAAACACAUCUGCACGAGUUGGCGACUCGAUAACGUUUUUGUGCGAGGGAUUCUUCGGUUGUGGUGACCCCAUGUUUAAGAAUGUUCGCUUUUUCUCAAAAAUUACUAACAUUAAGAAGGGGAAACUAGAAUUUUUUCAUCUUGGACACCAUGACAACUACAUUUAUAAGAUGUACAACACAACUAACAUGGAUGUUAUUGGUGCUAAUCUGACCAUUCGUCGCGUGAUGAUACAGAAUUUUUCUCAGAUUUACAUCUGUGACCUUGGCACUGUACGGCGAAGUGCUGUUAUUUUGCCUUUAGAUGUUACUGUGAAAAUUACUGUGGUGGAGAUCGUACUAAUUGCAUGUGUGAGUACUGCCGCAAUGAUCAUGAUGCUUAUCAUAGCAAUCAGCUGCUGGCUUCACUUCCCGCGAAUCUUGUUCUGGUGUAACACGAAGUUCAACACGUGCUCACGGAAAGGUGAAUUCCUGUACGAUACAGCUGUAGUGUGCAUAGAACAGGACAUUCCGGUCGUGCGAGGCCGUCUGCUGCAGAUGCUACGAGAACAACUUGGUUACCAUGUCUACUUCGGACCGGAUGACCUGUCUGGAGGUCACGGUGAAACAACUGGCCAGACAGAUCUGUUUCCAAAGACUUACUGUGCCAUCAUGUUUAUCUCCAAGGAAAGCCUGGAAGAAAAUGCUUUCAAGUUUAUUUGCCAUUGUGCCACAUGUCUCGUUGGUGGACCAUACUUGAUUCUUAUCAAGAGAGGAGACAUUCCAAAAAGUGCCUGGAGCCACGUUCCUCGUAACCUUGAACGUCGGCUGAAGGUCAUUCUAAGCUUGACCUUGCCAGAGGAAAGCAAUGGCGAAGAUGUGCAACGAUUCUUGAGUUCCAUUCGGAGUAAAUUACCGAAACCACAAACAAAGACGAGAACUACGUCUGAUAGACAGUCGCUGUCAUCCUUUGAGGUCACAUUGCUCUCAGACACAGAUGAUUAACAGGCAUCUCCGCCAUCAGCUGUACCAGAAAAUUCAUUGGCAUUAAAAAAUGAAAUACUUGUUUAAUGGGAAAAAAGAGGAAAAGAAUAUUUUUAAAUGACACUUUAGCACAUAUUUUAAGAGAAUGACUGUGAGAGAGAGAGAGAGAGAGAGAGAGAGAGAGAGAGAGAGAGAGAGAGAGAGAGAGAGAGAGAGAGAGAGAGAGAGAGAGAG